GAAGACAGGGACUUAUUGCAGUAUGGGAGUACAGAAGAUGGGUUUGAUCCUUGCUUUCCUUGGCUUUUGGUUCUUCGAUGGGCUGCUGCUUUCCUCUGCUUACAACGUCCACCAUUAUAGCUUCAUUCUGAGGGAGACGAAUUUUACUCGGCUGUGUACCACAAAGAGCAUGUUUACUGUAAAUCACCAAUGGCCUGGCCCAGCCAUUCAUGUUCGCAAAGGCGAUAGAGCGUUUGUCAAUGUUCACAAUGAGGGAGAUUAUGGUGUCACUAUUCACUGGCACGGAGUGAGGCAACCAAGAAAUCCAUGGUCUGAUGGUCCUGAGAACAUCACACAGUGCCCCAUUAAGCCAGGGAAAAACUUCACCUAUGAAGUUAUAUUCUCUACCGAGGAAGGGACUCUUUGGUGGCACGCUCACAGUGACUGGUCACGUGCCACAAUCCAUGGCGCCAUUGUCAUCUUGCCCCAACGCGGAACCACCUAUCCAUUUCCCAAGCCCUAUGCCGAGCAUGUCCUCAUACUCGCGGAAUGGUUCAAUGGUGAUGUCAAGGAAUUAAUCGACAAUGCCACGGCAACCGGUGGGGAUCCAACUCCAUCAGAUGGAUAUGCCAUCAAUGGCCAACUAGGAUUUCCAAAUAAUUGCUCCAAUGAUACAAGUUACCGUUUAUCAGUCGUGCCUGGCAAGACAUAUCUUCUCCGUCUAGUAAAUGCGGUGAUGAAUGAAGAAAUGUUCUUCGGAAUCGCAAAACACAACCUGACAGUUGUGGCGCAGGACGGCUCAUACAUAAAGCCGUUAACGACGAGCUACAUAAUGAUAACCCCAGGGCAAACGAUGGACAUCUUGCUCACAGCAAACCAGGCAGCAAGUUAUUACUACAUCGCCGCUUCGCCAUUCUUCGACUCCGGAGCUCCGUUCGACAGCACCAACACUUCGGCAAUUCUUCAGUACACAGGCACCUACACUCCUCCAACCUCCCCUGCCUAUCCGACCCUUCCGAAUGUCACCAACGUGGACGCCGCAGACAACUUCACAACUCGCAUCAGGGCAUUGGCAAGCCGCGAGCACCCCGUUGAUGUGCCCAAAAACAUCACCAAACAGAUCGUCAUCACAGUUUCUGUGAACCAGAUUCUUUGCGCAAAUGCAUCGUGCGGGGGUCCAGAUGGGAACAGGCUUUCUGCCAGCUUGAACAACAUAAGUUUCUCCACCCCAAAAAUUGAUAUCCUUCAAGCAUACUACAAGUCGUUGUCGGGAGUUUUUGACAGAGAUUUCCCGGCUAAGCCGCCGUAUGUAUUUAACUACACAGGAGAUGUGGGUAACAAUACGUUAUACCCACACGUGGCAACCAAGGCACAUAUCAUAAAGUAUGGGGAAUCCGUGGAAAUCGUGUACCAAGGGACUAAUAUUGGGAAUGCAGAGAACCAUCCGUUGCAUCUUCAUGGUUUUAGCUUCUACUUGGUUGGAACCGGUUAUGGCAAUUGGGACCCCGCCAAUUCCACCACAUACAAUUUGGUUGAUCCACCGGAUGUUAACACCAUCGGAGUUCCUAAAAAUGGAUGGGCUGUCAUUAGAUUCAUAGCCGACAAUCCUGGGGUUUGGUUUAUGCAUUGCCAUUUGGAACGGCAUGCGAGCUGGGGUAUGGACACUGUUCUCAUUGUUCUGAAUGGGCCUACAAACGAGACAAGCAUUCGGCCACCUCCGGCGAACUUGCCUACUUGUUCUUAGUUCUGAAAAGCUUGUGCUUCGACCAUCAAUGUCUACGAAUUCAAUGCAUAGAACGUUAUAUUUAAAUAAGAUAUUUCAAGAAAAUUGUCGUUUGCUUGUGUAAGAGAUUUGUAUUUAAGAUUAUUUGAACAGUUGUUUAGGAUUCUUUUCAAUUGUAUCCUCCUCUGUUUUUGUUU